AUAAAUUUGUUGCAGAUCUGCGCAAAUUAUGGUGCACUCGCUGCUCGCUCUUAGCGUAGCGUAGAUGCAACUUUGUAGUGAGGGUGUUGAGUUAUCUCUAUUUAAUAAAAUAGCAAUUAUCUUUCUAACCGAAUUACGUCGUUUUCCUAAUAUAAAAGGAAGAAGUAGGAAUAAGAGAAUGUGGAAGGUCGUAGUUCGUGGAAUCCGAGAAACGUUGGAGCGACGUGUUUGUCGCACCAACAUUUACUCGCAAUCGUCGCAGGAUAACGCGAAGAACGAAGUCAAAACAAGCUUGACAUGCCAACAAAAAUUUCUUCCGCCAAUUUUUAUUACUUGUGAUAAGAGUUUUUGCGGAUCGGCUAAAAGCGCCGGUGCUAAAGAUAAGAAAUACGAAUGGAAUACCAAGCACAGUUGGCCAGAGGCUGUUGGUUGGUCCAGUGUAUUGGCAGCUGGAUGGGUUGUGUGCCAAACUCUUUGCUUCCGUAAAAGGAUCUUUGAUCGAGACAAUAAUGAGACUUUAAAAAGUAAAUUAUAUGAUUACUCUGGAGUUUCAUUUAUACUCAGGCAAAUAUUGAAUUUAAAACCAAAGAAUAUUCUGCCAGUCACUAAUUGUAUUGGUGAUAGUAAUAAAAAGUCUAAGCUGCAAAUCCAAGAUUCAGAUUCACAAUGGAGUGGAGCCAAACCGUUUGGUCCUAUCACCAUUGAAGAGGCUUUUAAAGAAGCUGCCGACGAAUUUUCAAACACUCAUAAAACAGUGUUAGGAGAGUUUGAACUUCGUUAUGGUAUAAAAGCAUUAGAGGAAAAACGUUAUAAAGAUGCUAUGAUGCAUUUUUCCGCGGGCGCUAAUCUAUCAUCCCCCGGAAGUAUGUUUAAUUUAGGUUUAUGUUACGAAUUAGGCAUUGGAACUUUAGCUGAUCAAAAGAAGGCUGUAAAAUAUUACAACGAUGCCGCAGCCCAUGAUCAUGCUGAUGCAUUAUAUAAUCUAGGAGUUUUCCAUGCCCAAGGAAGGGGCGGUUUACCGGUUGACAUUGAUAUCGCGCGCACUUAUUUCGUCAGAGCAGCCAAGCUGGGUCAGAUACAAGCACAAUAUGCACUUGAUUUAGAGAAAGCUGAGACUUUGCAGAAAAAUAACAAUAUCUCUACCAUAUCAAACAGAUGCUCAAAAACUGAAAGAAAUUUAGAAAAGAACAAGGCAAAUGGUACGCGCAUAAAAUUAAAUGGUUACACGGUGAAUACAAAUGUUGAUAGAAUAUUAAGUACAAAUUUCAUGGGAAAAUGUACGCUCGAGUCGUCGGAAUAUGAAAAAAUAGUCGAAGAUCCCACUCAAGUAUUUUUAGAUUUCCUCGGCUUAAGAGAAUCUAGUCAAACACCCAUUGUGAUAACUACCAAUGAUUGUCACGUGCCAUGUUAAAAAAAAAUACUUUUGUUAUAUCAUCAUAAGACUCAUCAAGCAGUAUCAUAUAAAUAGUACAAAUGUAUUAAUUUCUACAUUCACUCCUAUUUUUUUUUGUGUUAACAUUUUUGUGUCUAGUAUUAUUAUACGUAGAAAUACGUAUGACAUGUGUAAGAGCUAUAUCGAUGCAAAUAUUUGCUCAAUUUAUAAUGUCAUAUAAUUCAGGUUUUUACUUUAAGUCGCAAUCUCGUGUUUGUGACAUUAUUUUCACAUUUCAUCAUUUUCGUUAUUUUUCGUUUACGUUUAACAAAACAAGUAUAUAUAUUACAAAUAUAUAUAUAGUGCUUAAAGAUUUUUUAUAUUCAUCUUGUUAAAGUUAUAUGUAUAUAUAAUUUCAUCAAUACACAUUGUAUAUUAUAUGAUGCUUACAUUGAGCGGAAAGUUUAAAACUACUUAUAUUAUGUAUAAAUAUAAGUUAUAUUUUAUUAUAUUUAUAUAUAAUGUUACUUAAAUCGUGAUUGAGUUGGAACGUAACUGUGAUGAGCGAUUCAAAAAAUUAAAUGUGAAAACAUGCAUGAUACGACAUAUUAUAAUUGAGAAAAGUUCGGAUGUUGCACGCCCUCGCAAAAUUCUGAGUCCCAAUAAGAUUGUAAUAUUUGAUAUAUUGUAGUGAUAUAUUGCAGGACAAUUUUGAUUUAAUUUUAAAUGUAUAUAUUUUAUCAAGUCUUACAUUGGAAAAUCUCAUUUUAUUGAAUAAGAUGUAUAUUUUUAGAUUUAAAGUUUUAUAAUAUAGUUUGACACAAACAACAGCAAUGACGUUUAAUAAUUCGUGCUUGUACACUAUGUAGUGUGCAAAGUACAUAUGCGAAUAGUACAUAUAUAUCUAGUACAUAAUACAAAAAUAAAUUUUUUUAACUUCAUA